AUGCGUUCAUCUACCACACUCGCUGGGCAGCCAAGAAAUGACACGUUAAACAGCUUAUACAAUUAUAAAACGUUAAAUGAUCCAUCACUCAAUCGAUAUGACAAAAGCCAUUAUCCACCAUCGCAAACAGCGUCUCGUUUUGAUAGUCAUCACUCGAACGCAUCAAUUAAAAAAACGGCGGCAGUAUCUCAAAAAUAUCCGCCAGUGAGUUCAUUAACACCACGUUUAUCUCGAUUAGCUGAACACAACAAUGAAGAUAGUGGACAGUACGGUAUAAGAAGAUUGGUUGAGAAUAAUCCGUUAGCCAAAGAGCCCCCUUCCAAUUAUGGUAUUAGAAAACUUGCAGAAAAUAAUCCAUUGGCGAGAUCUCGAGACGAUGAUGAAGAUACAUAUCGGCGAUAUUCAAGAUCACCUUCAGCAACAUCACUCAAAUCCAUUUUAAUUGCAGGUAAUUGGAAUUCUCCGACAAAUUCAACAACAAUGGAUCCAAAUGAAAAAUAUCGCUUAAAAGUUCUCGGAAUCGAAAACCUUGUUGAACUAUGUCACGAUAUUCUUCAAAAAACAAAAUCAGCUGUAGAAAAUCGCCAUGUUCUACAAUCAAGACCUUCCUCAUCUAUAAAACGUUUACCUUCAGCACGUUUAAAUGUAUUUACAUCGUUAAAAGAAAACGAAAUAACUGCUUUAAAAAGAUCAGAAAUGUACAAUUUAAUGAAAAUAUUUCAUUCAGCCAGUUAUUCAGCAUCGACUAUCGGAAGUCUUGUUAGUAUAUGGCGAGAAGUCAUGGAACAUUAUCAUUAUGCUCGACGCUCUCGUAAUCCAAAAAUGACUUAUGAAACUGUUAUAAAACAAUUUUCUGAUACAAAUCAACGUACUCAUCUACAAAAAUCUCAAUUACUCAAUUUGACACAAAUUAUGUUUCAUGCAUCGAUGACUACUCGUAGUAAAAAUGAAAUUAAAAAUAUUUUUGAACGAUUGAAACGUGAUAAUCCUGUUAUAAACAAUUUAUUAAAAAAAUUCGAUAUUACAAUGUUGAAAGAAGAUACGGUUAAUUUUGAUGAAUUUCUUCAUCUAUUAAGUAUUAUUGGUAAUGAACAUUCAAAACAACAACAACUUCCACGCUCAUUUAUCGAAGAGUUACCUUAUAGACAGAAGAAAAAACGAGGAUUAAUUGCCAAUGUAUCGGGUACAAAAUUCAAUGUUGUACGAAAAGCAGCUGAUGCCUCUGGAUUUAACAUAGGUGCUGAUAAUGAUUUUACAGCUAAUUUAUUAUGGAAUGAUACUUUGAUAUCAAUGGACAUUGUAUCUCAAUUGAAACCCUAUCAAAAAAUUAAUCAUUUUCCAACAAUGAGUGAAAUUUCUCGAAAAGAUUUAUUAGCAAAAAAUUUUGAACGAUUAUCUCGUUUAUUACCUGAACAUUUUAAUUUUACACCGCGUACUUGGGUAUUACCCAACGAAUAUAAUCUCUGGUAUUCUCAUGCAUCUCAUCAUCGUCAAUCGAAAACUCCUCCCGCUUAUAUUGUAAAACCUUCAAAUGGUGCUAUGGGACACGGAAUACAAGUUCACUGUGACAUUGAUCGUAUUCAACCGUUGGAUAAUUAUAUUGUUCAAGAAUAUAUACAAGAUCCCUAUUUAAUCGAUGGAUAUAAAUUUGACUUACGCAUAUAUGCUUUAAUUACAUCAUCAGAUCCUCUAAGAGUAUUUAUAUUUAAUAAUGGACUUGUUCGAAUGAGUACUGAAAAAUAUGAAAUACCAAAUAAAAAAAAUGCAAGUCAUUUGUUUAUGCAUUUGACCAAUUAUUCCGUCAAUAAGUGUAAUGAAAGUUAUGAACCAAGUGGUGCAGAUACAAAAACUGGUAGUAAAAGAUCAUUGAAAUAUUUUUUUGAAUAUUUACGUACGAAUAAUCAAGAUUCAAAUGCAUUAUGGAAAGAAAUUCAGAAUGUCAUAUUGAAAACAGUAUUUUUGGCUCAGCCACAUUUAUAUUCUGCUUAUCGUAUGUGUCGACCAGCUGCCGCACCCAAUAGUGAAAGUGUCUGUUUUGAAGUACUUGGUUUUGAUAUUUUAAUUAAUAAACAAUUGAAACCAUGGUUAUUAGAGGUGAAUCGUUGUCCAAGUUUUGGCACAAAUGAACAAAUCGAUUUUGAUAUCAAGGUUAAAUUGUUACUCGAUACAUUUGAAUUAUUACGCUUCAGGAUAUCUGAUCGAAAGAAAAGUUUAGCAAUUGAAAAAGCAGAAGCUCAACGUCGAUUAUAUUAUAAUAUUGGAAAACGAUUAGAUGAAAGUUUGUUAACAACAACAAAUUUAAAUAAUCAAAGUUUUAAAACAAGACAAAAGAAAUUAAUUGAAGUGAAAGAAAAAUUAUAUUUAAUGCAACGUGAAAAUGCUCGUGAAAUAUUCGAAAAUCGUCAUCUAAACGGUUUUAUUCGAUUAUUUCCCGUUGAAGAUAGCGUACGUAUGGAAGAAUUAAUGCCAAUAUUAACAAAAUGUUUUGAAGUUUUAUAUUCAAAUAAAAAAGAUAUGUCAUGGAAUAAAUAUUAUGAUCGUUAUAAAGAAGAUGAACUUCUUGCUACAUUAACAGAAUUAGAAGAUGCUGAAAAAACAGAUCGAAAGAAUAAUCCAAGAUUAGCACGGGUACCUACUCAUUAUGAUGAUCGUGUUAGUCCAUCAGCUAGUUUUGCUAGCGAAAUGAGUGAUGAUGAAUUUAUUGAUAAUGAUCACGAUAAACAACAUCACCAUCCUCAUCAUCAUCAUCAUUCUCAUCAUGAAAAUAAAUUAAAACAAUCAUUUGAAAGUAAUAAUUAUACAGAAUUUAUAAAUAAAAAUACAUCAUCAUCGAAUAGUCUUACAACACAUAUUACAAGACAAUCAUCGUUAAAUGGUUCCCAAUUAUCUAACUCUAUAACGUCAACAAAUCGUACGAUGAAAAAUGCAUUUUUUAAAACACGUUCACAACAAACAAAUGGUGGUAUUACUAAUAAUUCCUUACUUAUAACUCGAUCUACUUCAUUAUCACCAUUAGUAUUAAGAAAACGGGUAUCAUUAAAUACAUCAUCAAUAUCAACGGGUAUUGUUACACGACCAAAACCUCAAUCACAAACACCCAAUACCAUUUAUAAGAAAUCUCCAUUACAUAAAACACAUAAUUCAUUAUCAAAUAGAACGGAUAGUGAAGAUGAAACAACGAUAACAACGACAAGUAUAUCUGAACAAUAUCAUGUACGUGGUACACCAGCAAGUUCGAUUAUUGAAAAACAUUUUUAUGAUGAACAAAAUCGACGUCUAACAGAAUCAAUAACAGCUAGACGACCAUCACAACCUGAUAAUAGUCCAAAAACAAAAUCUAAUCAAAAAAUUGGAUUACAAGAUAAAGCCAAUAUGGUCACUUAUACAGCACUUGUUAACGCUUAUAAGAAACAGCAGGUAAAUCAACAUUUGGAUCCUUCAACAUUCACAACAAAAGAUUUAGCAUUGAAAGAGGAUGAAAUUGUCAAACUUCAUCAACUUACAUAUGAACAUAUGCAACAGCUCUGCAUUCGAUAUCCAGGCAAAUCAGCAGAUGAUACAAAAAAUGUUUGUCAAGAUAUAAUUGAAAAUUGGAAAUUAUAUAAAGUUCAAAUUAGUGAAUUUUGGCUUGUUCGAUUAGAUGGAAAAAAACGACAAGCAAUCAUAAAUAUUGUAUCAAAUAAUGUUAAAAACAUCUUUAAAAAAGUAUGGAUUAUUCAAGAUAUUGAAAAUUUGACAAUAAGUCGACAUAUAGCAAAAAUAGUUCAGAGAUUAUUAGUAGCCAAUGGUCAAUGUUUAUGGGAAGCAUGUCAAGAUAAUGACAAAUCUUGGAAAACGAUGCUUAUAAAAAGUACAAAUGAAAUGAGUCCAAUUGAGUUUCUAUGUUGUCAAAGAUUUGUAGAUUUAUGUAAACAAGCACUAUUUGUUGUAUACAAAUAUUCUAUUGAUGAAAAAGAAAAACAUAGAAAACAUCGACAUAUCAAUGAUCACGAAAAUAUUGAUAAUUCAUUAUUAAAUAAAUAUCCUGAUACAUUAUUAGGAGAUAAAAUACGUCUAUCUGUUUACUAUCGUUCAAAUUUGAAUGUGUAUUUUUUCUCACGAGAUCCAAUAUUAUUUGAAAAAAUUAUUAUUCCAUUCUACGAAGAAAAUGGUAAAAUUAAAUAUGAUGAUUUUUUAUCAAAAAAAUUAUUUUAUGAUGAAUUAAUAUUCUAUGAUUUAAAAAAAUAUUAUAAAAUUAAUUUAAUACCUGAUAUAUUUCUAAGACGAACAUAUAAAUAUGAACAAUAUACAAUAAGUCAAGAUAAACAAUUAAAUGAAUUAAAUAUAAUGAAAUUAUUUCGUCCAUUAUUAAUUCAAGAUUUUAUUCUAAGAUGUAUAAUUAAUUGUUGUGCACUAUUAUCAUGUGCAAUAUCUAUUAUUGAAAUAAUUCACUAUCGAUGUGUUAAACGAAAAUUUUCAUUUUUAAUAUGUGAUAUUGUAUUUAGUUUAAUUUUAUUAGUAUCCUUAUUUUGUGAACAAUAUUGUGCCCGAACAUUGAUUCAAUUACAUCAAAAUAUGAAAUUAAAUGAUAAUAUACAAAUAAUUCUCAUAGCACCAUUUCAAAGUCCCAUAUUUGUCAUUCAAUUAUUAUGUUCAUCAAUAACAUACAUUUUUACACUAUUAUCAUAUAAUUCAGCAGGUACACACAGUACAUGGUUCUAUUUAGUAUCAGUUGGUUUUCGUCAUAUAUUAUUAAUUCGUUUAUGUUGUCCAGAAUUUUGUCAUAUAGUUGAUGUAUUGUAUUUUAAUCGUAAAAAUUCCAUUGUUGUUAUUAAUAGUUUAAUGUUAUUUUUUUGUACAAUUGUCUUUAUGUGUACAUGGUUUGGUUUGACAAUUCAAAUAACAGAUAUGACGAAUUCAUCAACAAUAAAAUAUAUCAUGCCACCAUCGCGCUACAUCUAUUUUGCUUAUCAUAUUCUGUUAAAUGUUGGCUAUGGUGAUACAAAUGAACAAUCUUAUCUAUCAUUUGUGUUUAUUAUUAUUAUGACAUUGAUUGCUUGUCCAUUAUUUAUUAUUAUGUAUCAAAAAUUUUUAACUCAAUUACGAACAACUACAUUAUCAGUUACAGUAAAUACAUUUCAUGAAUUUUCUUAUAUGGAUUCAUUAUUCGAUCGACGAGAUCGAAUUCUAGAUGAUAAGCAACCAUCAAGAACAACCAUAUCAACAAAAUUAUUUCCAGGAGAAUUUUAA